UCCUUUUAUUAAAAAACAGAAAUGUUACUCAGUGAUGCUUGUUGACAUUAAUACACGCAGAAGUCCGUAGUUGUCUUUUUUCUUUUUCCUUCUUCUACAGCAUAUCUUUCAAAAGUUUCUACCUACUCAUUUGCGACUACGAGCUCCAAAUUUUCCUGAGUAUCUACUAUAUUUGAACUCCCAAGGAAAUAAAAACAUAUAAAAGUUAUGGUUCUUUACUUUUUGCUGCUUUCAUAAAUAUUCUUUUCUUCAGCGAGGUGAGAGAGAGAGAGAAAGAGCUACGUCUCGUUUGGUUCUUCUGUAAUUACGCUACAAUUUGCAUAUCAAAACAGUCCUAAGAUGCAGCAUUGUUGGCCAAAGUACCAGAGCAGUGAGUGAGUUUUGGGAAUAAAGAUUUUCUGGGAUACCAAGCAAUUACCAGAUAGAAGAAACCAUGUUUAAGUCAUGGAGCAAGAAAAACAAGAUCAAAGCCAUAUUCAAAUUGCAGUUUCACGUCACUCAGGUGCCCAAAUUGAAAAAAUCUUCAGUGAUGAUAUCUUUGGUGCCGGAGGACGCUGGAAAGCCAUCUGUGAAAUUAGAAAAAGUUGCAGUUCAGGAUGGAACCUGUACAUGGGAAAAUCCUGUGUAUGAACCAGUCAAACUUACAAUGGAUAGCAAAACAGGAAAAAUCAAUGAGAAACUUUACCAUUUUAUUGUUUCAACUGGAACAUCAAAAUCUGGUUAUCUCGGGGAAGCUUCAAUCGAUUUCUCUGAUUUUGCAACCGAGACCGAACCAUUGACUGUCUCGCUGCCUCUCAAGUUUGCAAAUUCUGGUGCAAUUUUACAUCUAAAUUAUCAGGUUUUGAUUCAAAGGAUGCUGGGAGAUGAUGAAAGAGAUGAAAAUGGAGCCCCUCAACUUGUAAAGAAUGGAAGCUUGGAGAGUCAUGGGAGCAACUGGGAUACAGAUGGAACCAGCCUGAAUUAUACGGAAGAUGAAAACUACGACAACAUGACUCCUGCAGAGCAGGAUGCUACGAAUUUUCUCUCGCCCUUCAUAACAAAUCCUGCGCCCCAAAAGGGAAGGGUUAAUGCCUCUCAGACAAAUAAAAAAAGUCUCAAUAGAUCUAACAUGAACUGGUCAGCGGAUUCAGCUUCAGAUGACAGCUUACUUGAAUCACCAAGCAGUCUGGAAGACAACCAUCCAAGUUUAAGGUUGAAAGAGGCUUCAGAUGAUUCCACUGAAAAACUCAAAAAUGAAAUCACCAUAUUGAUGAGACAAGCAGAACUUUCGGAACUUGAAAUUCAGUCUCUUCGUAAACAUGUUGAGAAGGAGACCAAACAAGGUCAGAAUUUAUCUAGACAAGUUGUUAGUCUCAGAGAGGAGAGAGAUGCACUCAAAUCAGAAUGUGAACAAUUCAAGUCAUUGCGGAGAAGUACUGAUGAAGCAGAGGCUCCAAAAAGAUUACAAGCUACAAUUAAGGAUUCAAGAGUUCAGUUAGAAGCAAUGAGACAAGAGCUUAAUCAUGAAAAGGAAUUAAGUAACAAUUUUCAGUUGCAACUGCAGAAGACUCAAGACUCAAACUCUGGUUUGAUGCUGGUGGUGAGGAAUCUAGAAGAUACACUGGAGCAAAAGAAUAGGGAAGUAUUGGAUCUUUCAAGAAAGAUAGAAACUGCAAAAAAUGCCACAGGGGUUGACCAACAAUCAUCUGAAUCGCUUGGUAAGAGGCACAAUGAUGCAGAAGUGGACCUUUUGGAGGCUAAAAUUGGAGAUCUAUGUGAUGAAAUAGACAUUUACAAAGAGGAAAGGGAAAAACAGAACAGGCGUAUAAACCAGCUCAUUUUGAACAAUGAUCUUUUAAAACAGGAUAACUAUGACAUGUCUUUGAAGUUAAAGCGAAGCCAAGAAGAACAGACAAAACUAGAAAAUGAAUGUGCAUAUUAUAUAGCAACUACAGAAGAGCAUGAAUCUCAGGUAGAGAGAUUAGAAGAAACAAUUAAGAAACAAGCACGAGAAUUUGCGGACACUUUGGUCUCCAUCAAUGAACUUGAAAUGCAGGUGAAAGCUCUAGAGAAGGAGCUGGAGAAACAAGCCAAGAGAUUUGAAGAUGAGCUGGAUGCAAUCAAACGUGCCAAAGUUGAGCAAGAACAGAGAGCCAACCAAGCAGAGGAGGCCUUGAGGAAUACAAGGUUGAAUGGUUCUACUAAAGCUGAGCAUCUUCAGGAGGAAUUCAGAAGUCAGGCUGCCAAAGCACAGGCAGAAGCUAAUGAACUACGCCAGAAUAACAUAAUUCUAGAAGAAAAGCUUCAGAAAGUCACCAAAGAACUCGUGCUAAUUAGAGACCAGGAAAAAGUGAAAUUGCAAGAACUCGUUGACAAAAUUGAUCUGAAAGAGAUGCAAAUAGGAAAGAUGUCAUUGGAGCUAAACAACAAGUCCCAGCAACUUGAAUGUGCUCAAAAUCUCAAGGAAGAAAAGCAUGAAGCUUUCUUGAGAGAAAUCAAGAAGCUCAGAGCAGAAAUAGAAAGGCUCAACUUGGAGAAGUCCAAUCUUGCAGAAGAGAAAGACGAAAGAGUAAGAUUAAAAAAUGAAACUGAACGAAUGAAGAAAUCAGUUUCUGAAAAUGAGAUGCUGGUAAAGAGAUUGAACAAAGAAAAGGAAAACUUGGAGGCAAAACUUGCUUUGGCAAAGCAGGAAGCAGAGAAAGAGUCAAAAACUUCUUCCCGUGCCAGUGAACAUAACAUUUCAGACUUACUAACUGAAGUUGCAUCGCUAAAGGAUAAGAGUAAAUCCAUGGAGAAAGAACUAAAAGAAAUGGAAGGAAGAUACUCAGAGUUGAGUCUACGAUUUGCAGAGGUAGAAGGUGAGAGGCAGCAACUUGUAAUGACUGUGCGUAACCUCAAGAAUGGUAAAAAGAACUAGUGUAUUAGAAUUUUCUGCGGUGUUGAUUUUUGAGACGGGAAACAGGUUAUGGUAAAGCAAUGUAUAAUCAAGGUGUGGCAAUAUUACAUGGAAUAUUGGUCCAAGUGUCAAGAGAAGAAUCAUAUGUAUGAGUAUUUCUUCCCCCUCUUUGUAGUUCAUUUUAGACAUACAAUUACAAGUAAUAACCAUUUAUGCUGAGACACUCAAGCAACAAAUCUAGGGUUAAGUCAAUUGUUUUUGGUCACAAAUGUUGUAAUAUGCUUAUUAUUAUUAUCAUAUCAGUAUUUUUUGCA